AUGUUGGUGAAACCGGACUACAAAGAGCGUUUGGCUACCAGUGUGUUUAUCCCGUUUUCGUUUUUUUUUCCAAAAAAAACGUAUACCCACGUUUGGGAACUGAGGUGUUUUUUUGAGCUGCCCUUCACAAAACACAGAAAAAACACGCUUUUUCCAAAACACCUAAAAGGUGUUUUCAAGUUCCCGUCUCAUUUUCCCCCAAAUCAACCCCGACCCCUUUUCUCUCCCUCAGCCCUAACUUCGUCGCCUCCGCUCCAAAUCGGCUCAGCUCCGACCCUCCGACGCCGCCUCCGACCCUCCGACGCCACCUCCGACCUCGCUGAAGCCUCCGACGAAGCCUCCGACCUCGACGAAGCCUCCGACCUCGCUGAAGCGUCCGACCUCGCUGAAGCCUUCGACGCUACCUCCGCUCCAAAUCAGCGCAGCUCCGACCCUCCGACGCCGCCUCCGACCCUCCGACCCUCCGAAAUCAAGCACUCACUAGAGACCAUCUCUACAUAUUUUAAGAAGGUCCUUUAUGCAAUUUGCUCUCUAACCAAAUAUGUCAUCGUUCCUCCAUCAUACGAUGCAACUCCACCAGAGAUAUCAUAUACCACAAAGUAUUAUCCUUAUUUCAAGAAUUGUGUAGGUGCUAUAGAUGGAACUCAUGUUUCAGCUUGUGUGCCGCAAGAUAGUCAAGUUCCAUAUCGUGGAAAGAAAAUUGUGCCGACAAUGAAUAUGAUGUGUGCUUGCUCUUUUGAUAUGCGGUUCACAUUUGUUAUGAGUGGAUGGGAAGGAAGUGCAAAUGAUUCAAGAAUUUUCUUAGAGUGCAUUAGCAAUCCCGCAAACAAAUUCCCUAUGCCCCCUGCAAGAAAGUAUUAUUUGGUUGACUCUGGAUAUACCAAUAUGCCGGGUUUUCUUUCACCGUACCGUGGAGAACGAUAUCAUUUGAAUGAUUAUCGAGGGCAAAAUCUUCCACCGCAAGGUACUAGAGAACUAUUCAAUUACUUGCAUUCAUCAUUAAGGAAUGUUAUAGAACGAUGCUUUGGGGUAUUGAAAAAAAGAUUUCCAGUUUUAAGAGAUAUGCCAUCAUAUAGUUUGAGAAAACAAAAAUAUAUAGCAUUAGCAUGUUGCGUUAUUCACAAUGUGAUUCGAAUGUAUGAUUCUGGAGAUCCAUUAUUUGUCGAGUUUGAAAAUGAAGAUGUGGAGCUUGAAGAAGAUGAUAUGACUGCACAAGAACAACAAACCAUACCGGUCAAUGUCGGCCCAGAGCACCUUCGUGAGAUGUCAAGGUUUCGAGAUCGUUUGGCCCAAAGGAUGUGGAACGAUCGUGGUGGGUAAUAUCGGGAUGUGUUUUGAAAUUAAUGUAUAUUAUAUUGUAAUGUCACUAAAAUACAUUUUGAGC